CCGUCCGUCCACUUCCUUUUUCACUUUCUUGCAUCUAAACCGAACGUCUGACGGGACCUACCAUAGCGCUUCAGCGUCUUCCCUUUUACGCUAGGUAUUAUUUUCGCAAAUACUCUUUGGCGCAACCUAACCUAUACAACCGUCCUCAGCCCCAUCUCAUCUCAUCACCUCAAAAGGGCAUUGCGUCGCAUAUCAACACUACAAGCCGCCGCGGGGCGAUCCCAAGACCGAGUAAUUCCAAAUCAUCAAUUUCAACCCAGCGUGACGGCUCAGCCAUGUUCUGUCCUUCCUGUCCGACUCAUACCUAAGGUACACGGAGAUGUGAGACUCCUGGUCUCUUAGUCCAGACAACCAGGAUCCGGCCCUUAUUAUCAGGCGUCUCUCAUCCUCCCCAACCAGCAAGAAUUCGGAUUGUCGCAUCGUGGAUUCGGACCCUCCUUUUCAUUAUCGCAUCACCUCUACUUGAAAACCUAAACAUGGCAAUGUCAACCGUUGCCGCCGCCCUUGGCAAACUUUUGUUCGUUGCCGUCGUUACGCUAGUGAUCUCAGUCGCGAAUGCGCUUAGUUCCGUGCCAGAGCUUUCGGACUGGGAGCAAGACCAAUAUCUCACCUUACAACUUACCGUACCUCUAGGUUCAGGUGACGCCAAGCCGAUCAGACACCGAGUUGUCCCAUUGACUGAAGCUGUUGGGAUGAACCAGUCCGUCAUAGCUCGGGAGUCUAUCACAAUCAAGGGGACAAUGGUUCCUACUGAAGAAAGCGGUUGGCUCGAGUUUAUCGACUCCAACAGUAUCGCAUAUCUCAACUGCGACAACUCUAACUCAACCUCCUUCUUUGACCAGCUCAUGUCCAAGGCACCAAAGGCUAUUCUGCUGUUUAGCCUGGCCGGGGCUGGCUGCAGACGCGACAGCACGGAUGACUGGAACUACACUACUCUUUUCACCAUGACCGACCAAAUCGAUGCAAGAGACACGCUUAACCUCACAAUGUCAGGCAGUUUAGCCACUAUCACUGGGGAUUAUGAGGAACCUGACGAUGAUGACGACGAAGAUCGAACCGGGCAUGGCUCACCGAUCGCUAUGAACAUUCUCUACAGUAUUACCGGAGUCAUCACCCUACUGUUCCUCGCUAUUAUCGCGACCGGAGCGAUCCGAGCCCAUCGUUAUCCGGAGCGAUACGGACCUAGGCCCGGCUACGGCGGACGGCCUAGUCAAAGCAGAGCCAAAGGGCUGGCGCGUGCAGUGCUUGAAACCUUGCCUAUCGUCAAGUUUGGAGAGAAAUCCCCAGCCAAGCCGGAUCCCGAUUUCCAGCUUGAACAGCAGCCCUCUAGGUCAUCACAGGAUCCAACGCCACGGGCAAAGUUGUCAGCAAUCCAAGAGGCGGUGCCAUCUAUAGCCAAAUCUCAAGGACCCAUGACUGUAGCGAGUGUGGAGGCAUCCGAGCAGGCUUCGUCGGCAACAGUCUAUGGGGCUCAAACGGGCAUGACUAACACAGCCGGCGACAUUGAGAAUACGACCCCAGACGACAUCAAUCUGGGCUGUCCAAUUUGUACCGAGGAUUUCACGAUUGGUGAAGAUGUUCGGGUUCUCCCUUGCAACCACAGGUACCACCCAGCUUGCGUCGACCCUUGGUUGGUAAAUAUCUCGGGCACUUGCCCUCUAUGUCGUCUCGAUCUUCGACCCCACAGCUCAACCGAAAGCACCACCGGCCCUGGCGAUAAUCACUCAGUGUCUUUGCCAACAGCAGCAGGCGACAACGCCCAGCAGCCCGGCACCAGUGGAAGUCCCAUGCCAAGCACCACUCCUAGAGAGCGGCGAAGGUCUUUGCGAAUUCUUGACUUGCACAGACUUCGGGCUGCCUCUAUCGAAGAACGUAUGGAAAUCUUGAGAAGACAUAGGUCUCAGCAGCAACAACGACGGCAUGUCACAGGAUCAUCAUUGACAGGCGAUCCUGAUACCGGCGAAUCCGCAGAUCCUACUCACCGAGCGAGACUUGCUGAGCGAUUCAGAGGCAGAUUUAGAGCAUCACGGCCUCCAGGCCAGGCGCAGCCACAACCAACAGAGGUAGAUAUACCCACGCCCACGCCAUGAAGCUCGGCUUUCAGAGGGAUGGUGUUGUACUUGGAGGAAUGACAUGUUGAGAAUAAUGUCCAAUACGUUGUCAUUUAAGCGAGCGCGUCACUUCCGGU